AUGUCGUACCGUCAUUUAUUACGCCAAACACAAAUCGACCCUGUUACGACGGGUAAUUCAAAUACGACAAAGAGGGCACCUUCGAACGCAUCAACAGCAUCAAGUGGUUAUUCCAAUUCAUCUAGCAUUUAUGAAUCGAGUGGCACAAGCAGACUAUCUUCAACGACGUCGAGUGAGUACGGAAGUCGUAGGAGAGGUUUAAGUGAAGCCGCUGGGAUGUAUAGCUCUUCAGAAAAUCGCAACGGGAAAGGGAGCAUGGAAUCGAGUCCAGAUAGUGCGUACAAGAAUGCCAGAAAGUCUUUGCGACCACUCCCUCAACCUCCAGGCCAAAGUCCACCAGAAAGAGACAAAACCCCAGCCCAACACAAUCGCGGAAAGAGUAUCGAUGUCAUCAGAAGUAAUUUUCAACCGCAUUCUCGAACACAAAGUGUAGACGUCCAGAAGGGAUCUAUCAAACACCACAACCGCGGAAAGAGUAUAGAUGUAUCCAAAUUAACAUUGUUUGAGUCUCCUGCCCAAUCGCCCAUGAGCCCCGCAACAAGUCCGACUCGAAGUCCGACUCGCAGUCCGACGCGCCGUCCACCUAUGGUUCGACCCAAUUCCAUGUUGUUGAGCCGUUCCGAUUCAAUCAGUGUUGGAGCAGGAGCUCUCUCAAAGCUUGGCCCAACGCAUAUCCAUUCACCUCUCACUAGGCCUGAGCUACAAAGCUUCGAACGAUCCUCGACAAGUCAACUUCGAACCCUCUCAAAAUUCGCGCAGUCCGCAACUCCUGACGAUUUUACCAUUACAUCACCAGAACAAGAGGUAGCAGGAUUACAGGGACGACGUAGACUGCAGCGCAGCGCGAUUUCGAAGGACAAAAAUGGCACCCUCAACAAAUCUAUCGGUGGCUAUGGUUGGGAAGGUAGAAAUUGGAUGGACAAACAGCGACAAUUUUUACAGGCUUAUGAGUAUCUUUGUCAUAUUGGAGAAGCCAAGGAAUGGAUUGAAGAUAUAUUGAAGCGAGAAAUUCCUCCAACCGUGCAACUGGAACAAACUUUGAGAGACGGGGUCACAUUGGCAGAGGUGGUGGAGGCUGUUAACCCGGAACAACGCAUACGGAUAUUCAGGAAUCCUAAACUACAAGCUCGACAUUGGGACAAUAUCGCUCAGUUCUUCCGAUUUCUGGACGAGGUACAACUUCCCGAGCUAUUUCGAUUUGAACUUAUCGAUUUAUACGAGAAGAAGAACAUUCCUAAAGUCAUUUAUUGUAUACACGCUUUGAGUUGGCUAUUAUUCAGGAAGGGAAUUGUGGACUUUCGAAUUGGUAAUCUUGUUGGACAACUGGAAUUUGAAGAUCAUGAAUUGGAAGAAAUGCAGAAAGGAUUGGAUAAAGCUGGAGUUAGUAUGCCUAGUUUUGGGAAUAUGGGAGCGGAUUUUGGAGUCCCAGAACCUGAACCUGAACCUGAGCCAGUCGAAACCGAGGAGGAGCGAAUCGAUCGAGAGCUCGGUGAGAACGAAGCUAUAAUUGUGGAGUUACAGGCACAAAUACGGGGAGCUUGUAUGCGAAUGCACCUAGGAAGAACAAUGCAAGGACUUUGGGAUACCGAAGACUGGCUUGUAGAGCUUCAAUCGAUGAUCCGUGGGGACUUUUCGCGACAAAUCGUGGAGUAUCGGUUAAAUAUGAGACGGUUCGCAGUGAACCUACAAAGCCAUGCACGCGGAUUUUUAGUACGAAAGAACCAAUCGAGCCAAGAGAAAUUCUGGAAAAGCCGUGAAGGAGAUGUACAGAAGAUUCAAAGCUUAUUCAGGGCUACGAAGGUUGGACAACAAGUCCGAGAAGAGGUAUGCAUGAUGCGAUCCGCUUUGCAGCAGUCAGAAUUUGUUAUCAAAGAUUUUCAGUCAAGCAUUCGUGGAUUUCUUGCUCGGAAAGUUUUGGUGGCUCAGGAGAAGGAAGCCAGAUCUGUUAAUGUGUCAACCCCAGUGCUGAAUCUGCAAGCUGCAAUCAGGGGUAUGCUUGUGAGAAAGAAAAUGAUGGAGCAAGAAGAAGACAUGUCAGCCCUUACUGUGUCAACCCCAGUGUCAGAUCUGCAAUCUGCAGUGAGGGGCAUGAUAGUGAGACAGAAGAUGUUAGCACAACAAGCAGAGCUGAACUCUCUCACUAUAUCGACAUCCGUUUCAGAUUUGCAAUCUGCGGUGAGGGGGAUGGUUGUGAGACAGAAGAUUUUGGCACAACAAGCAGAGAUGAACUCUUACACCGUGUCAACCUCGGUUUCGGAUCUGCAAGCAGCAAUGAGAGGGAUGCUUGUGAGAAAGAUGAUGGUAGCUCAAGAAAAAGAAACAUCAUCCAAAGCUGUUUCUACUCCAGUGUUGAAUUUGCAGGCUGCAAUGAGGGGAAUGAUUCUCAGAAAAAAUAUUGCAGAUGAUCAAGAAGAUCUUUAUCGCGAAGAACCUUCAGUUACAGCUAUUCAAGGGUUUGCGAGGGCCUUGCUGACGAGAAACCAGAUCACUCAACAGCAGGAAGCAUUACAUGCAUGUACACCUAUCUGGGAAAAGCUUCAAGCAAUUACCAGGGCGGGUGCUCUUAGACUUGAAGUAUUUGAUACACAACAAGCUUUGAAGAGUCAUUCUGAAAGCAUAUCAAACCUUCAAGCCUUUCUUCGUGCCGGAGCAGUUCGCCGUGAUGUCACAGAGACUUUGUCAGGUUUAGAAGCAGACGAAUCGGCAAUAGUAGAGCUUCAGAGCUUAAUUCGUGCUAUGCUUGUUCGACGCUCAAUUGAGGAUGAUUAUGACAUCCUUGUCACAGAGUACUCGACAAUCACGGAUCUACAGUCUAUGAUAAGAGCUGGUAUGGUCAGACAGAAAACGGAAAUGAUCUUGGAUGACCUUCAGGCGAAUGAAGAAGAAAUCAUACAACUCCAGGCCUUGUCACGUGCUGUACUACUUCGUAACGACAUCGAAGGGGUAUUGGGAGAAUUAGAAUCUGAAGAAGAUUUCAUUGUUGCAGUACAAUCGGCAGCCAAGGCUUCUUUGGUCCGAGCCGCAUAUUUAGAGAAGCAGCGUUUCUUCAAGGAGAAUAUGGAAAAGGUUGUGAAGAUCCAAAGUUUUGUUCGUGGGCGUUUACAGGGCGAGGCUUACAAGAGCUUGACAACUGGAAAGAACCCCCCUGUCAACACCGUUAAGAACUUCGUCCAUCUUCUCAAUGAUAGUGAUUUCGAUUUCAAUGAGGAAAUUGAGUUUGAGCGUAUGCGAAAAACUGUUGUACAGCAAGUUCGUCAAAACGAAUUGGCAGAGCAAUAUAUCGAUCAAUUGGACAUUAAGAUUGCCCUUUUGGUGAAGAAUAAGAUCACACUGGAUGAAGUCGUCAAGCAUCAGCGAAAUUUUGGCGGACACUCAGGAAACAUCCUCGUCAAUAGUUCCAUGGCUUCAGGGAAUCAAUUUGAUCUGAAAGCUCUUAACAAGAAUUCGAGGAAGAAGCUCGACUUGUAUCAACAACUCUUUUUCAACUUACAAACCCAAUCUCAGUACCUUGCCCGGUUAUUCCAAAUAAUCCGAGAACAGGGUACUGCCGAAAAAGACUGCAAACGCAUCGAGACCUUAAUGAUGGGGUUGUUUGGAUAUGCGCAAAAGCGCCGUGAGGAGUACUACUUGCUUAAACUAAUUGCUCGCUCUGCCAGAGUAGAAAUCGAACACUUCGCCUCAACGCAAGACUUACUCCGCGGCAAUUUCUUUUGGACAAAACUCCUCGCUAAUUACACCCGGUCUCCUCGAGACCGAAAAUUUCUUCGUGAUCUGUUGGGUCCUCUCAUUACGGAAAAUAUCAUCGAGGAUCCCGCGCUCGACCUUGAGAGUGAUCCAAUGCAAAUUUACCGCUCGGCUAUCAACAACGAAGAGCUUCGAACAGGUAGACCAAGUCAAAGAGCUUUAGAGAUUCCUCGAGAUCAAGCAAUCAAGGAUCCAGAAACUCGAGAUAUGUUUAUUGAUCAUUUAAGAGACUUGAGAGAGAUUUCAGAUCUUUUCAUGCUUGCUUUAGAAAGUCUUCUGCAUAGAAUGCCUUAUGGUGUUCGCUUUAUUUGCCAGCAAAUCUUUGAAGGACUUUGCCAGCAAUUUCCACGAGAACCACAACUAAAUCUUCUACAAGUUGUUGGUAAUUGGUUCUUCAGAUUCUACCUAUUCCCAGCUUUGACCACUCCUGAGUCUAUGGGUGUAGUCGAAAGACAACUCACCCCACUGCAAAAGCGCAAUUUAGGCGAAGUUGCCAAAGUCCUUGGCCAGAUCUCAUCGGGACGGUUGUUUGGUGGCGAGAAUAUGUUCUUGCAGCCGUUGAACGCCUACGUCACUGACGCCAUUACCAGAAUCACUGAAAUAUUUUCCAAUAUUAUCUCAGUGCCGGAUGCGGAAAGUACUUUCGAUAUUGACGAGUUCAAUGAUCUGUAUGCUCGUACGAAACCUACACUUUAUAUCAAGAUGGCCGAUAUUUUCGCAAUUCACAACCUCAUUUGUGAUGAGCUGCCACAAAUCUGUCCAAACCGCGAUGAUGUCCUUCGAGAAAUUAUUCAAGAACUCGGCAGUGCCAAGAACAACGAGUCCGAGAUGUUAGGUGGCUCCUCUGGCGAACUUCAAAUGACUUUAAGUCCUAAACUUCAUGACGUGGAUGAUCCCGAAGCUGAAGUGAAAACGCUCUUUAUGGAGACCAAGCGAUGUAUUCUGUAUAUCAUUCGAGUCCAAUCCGGUCCAAACCUCAUGGAAAUCUUGGUGAGACCGAUAACACCAGAGGAUGACCAAAAGUGGCAUGAUUUACUACGGGAGGAAUUUUCGGCAGACAGCAAGACUCGUGGAGCAUACUCUGAUGUCAAUACUUUAACAGACAUAAAAUCCAUGUCAUACUGGGAACUGAAGAGGACUGCUCUGGAGAACAUCAUGAGACUUGAGCAACUUGGAAGAAUCUCAAGACAAAAUUUUUACCAGGACAUCCUUAAUGCUAUCGCUGUUGACAUUCGUACCAAAAGCAGACGUCGUGUUCAGAGACAAAGAGAAUUGGAAGGUGUUAAGAUGACAUUAGGGAAUUUGGGCGAGAAGGCGGAUUGGCUUGAGUCACAGAGGAAGAGUUACGAUAAUUACAUCGAACAAGCUAUGAUGACUCUGCAGAAAAAAGGGAAAAAACGUUUCCUUAUGCCUUUCUCUAAACAAUACAACCACGAAAAGGAACUCGAGCGUACUGGUCGUACAUACAAAUUCGGCUCUUUCAAAUAUUCGGCUCGAACUUUAUCGGAUAAAGGUGUAUUGGUCGCCUGGAAAGGAUACCCCGAACGUGAAUGGGAUAAGAUCAAUCUUACAAUUUCAUGUGAUCAAGUUGGUGUAUUCUCCAUCGAGGGUAGCAAAGGCAGCAUUGUCAUUACUGGUGCAAUGGCUCAGGUUCCUAUGGACUCACUUCUUGCUGCACAAUUCGCAAACCAUCAGUAUAUGGAUAUGUUUGAGGGUGCGAUGAGGUUAAAUGUUAAUCUAUUCUUGCAUUUGUUGUACAGAAAGUUUUAUAGGACUGAGUAA